AUGGAUUAUGAUCCUGGUAAAAUAUUGCCCCAGGACAUGAUUGUGAAAAAUGCGGAUAAUCACCUCUACAGGGUAGGCCUAACCCUAUUUAAACCGGAUUACAUUUUUCACAGGAAAUGGAUUUAUAAUCCAAACCUAGUAUUCAUGAUAUCAUUUCAACAACUCGUAAGAGACUUAACACUACUUAUACUAAACCCAAAUACAUCGGUCGCGUAUCACCUAUACUACGGGGAACUGGAGUAUUUUAUGGGCACCGGGGUCGGUAUUCACGACCGGGAGGUGGCGCUAAAGUUGACAAAUAUUUGUCAUAAAUCCCUGACUAUUGGUAGCAUUGGUAGUAAAAUAGUGUUUGUAGUGACGGCUACCCUAUGGCUAACGAGUUGUGUAUCUCAUGUCACCUGGGUGCAAUUUAUUUUAUAUGCUAUACCUAAUGCCCUGACCCUUAAUUUAUUUGGCAUGAUUGGCAAGAAAUGUGUAGUUUACCUAGCUCAGGGUAGCCAAAUUGAUUAUAUAAAUAGUUUGAGAACAACAUGGAAGGCUGGCAAAAACUUUAAAAAAGGUUAUGAACCUUCACUGGGUUUAGUACCUAGUUACAGACCGCUACCACCAAGCUCAGACAUUACUUAUGAUAUUUCCAAUGAGGACGUACCGGAGUCAUUUGAUUCCCGGGUGCAAUGGCCCAACUGUUACACCGUUAAGGAAAUUAGAGAUCAAGGAUGUUGUGGAGGGUGUUGGGCAUUCGCGGUAGCGGAAGUCAUAUCGGAUCGCAUAUGCAUCGCAUCCAACGGUACACAACAGGUAGAGGUCUCUGCCGAAGAUAUAAUCGCAUGCGGUGAUGCCGGCAGUUGUAAUGGUGGUUCGCCGAGCAGGGCGCUUCACUACUACAUCGAAAGUGGUGUCGUCACCGGUGGCCUGUUAGGUAGUCAUGAAGGCUGUCAGCCAUACACGAUUACCCAUGACAACCCGUGCCCUACGGACCCGACCCCUAAAUGCGAGCAAUCGUGUAUUGCCGGCUAUAACCGUUCGUAUACGGAGGACAAACAUUUUGGUAGUGAAGCCUAUGGCGUGGGUGUUAAGGAUGUCCAGAAGGAGCUCAUGACAUAUGGACCUGUGUCAGCUCAGUUCUAUGUGUACGACGACCUUUUCGCAUACAAAACGGGUGUAUACUGGCACGUGACCGGUGAGUUUAUAGCACCGCACGCCGUGAAACUGAUUGGAUGGGGUGUGGAAAAUGGUGUCGCCUAUUGGUUAGUUGCCAAUUCGUGGGGCACCACAUGGGGCGAGCAAGGUUAUUUCAAAAUUAGACGUGGCAACAGUGAAUGCGAUUUCGAACACGGUUUCGAUGCUGUUCUACCGAAGUUAUAA